AAAAUGUAAACUUGUUAAAAGAGGUUCCGUCCAUGUUCUUGUUGCAUAAUAAUAAUUUUAAUUCCGAUGGUUUCUUUUUGGUGAUACCCAGUUGGUGAAGAGAAGAGAAGAGACGAAUUUUAUUCCUUAAUCCCACAUUUUUCUUUUUGGUUUUGGUUUUGUUUUUCCAUUGGAAAUCGCUCGCUUUUUCUCUCCGUAUGCGUGUUGGUUUCUGGGUGUGUUAUAGUUCUCCAAAGUUCCCAACACAGACAGCGCAAAAUCCAACUCUUUUGCACAACCCCAGCAUAGGGCUUCGUUCCCCCACUCCCUCUUCUUUCUCUCGCUCUUUUGUUGGAUCUGACUAACGAACCCAUAAGUUUUUUCUCAGUUCCAUUCUCUUCCCGUGUCCGAUCCCCUUAAAUUUCUCCCUUUCCCUCUUCCCCCACUGCUCUCUCUGUCCUGAAACUUAUUGGGGGAAGACCCAUUAACUUGGGAUUCAGGGGGGGCGGCAUUUGGGGGAACCCCAUCUCUGAUCCGAUCGUUUUUGGGGCAUUUUCCAUUGAGAUGGCAAUGCCCAUUGAAGGAUGAGCAAAUCCGGGGACGAAGACGACGAAGAAGAGUGUUUCUACGAGUCCCUUGAUCGCAUUGCCUCCUCAUGUUCCUGUUCCACUUCCAAUUCCGAUGACGACAGAGAUUCCAACGCCAACUCCCCUAAUUAUGAUUCGGAGCACCCGUUUCCGAUUCCCAAAUUCCCAAUGGCCGUUUCCAACUAUGAUAUUUGGAUCUCGGAGCCGGCCUCUGUGUUGGAGCGACGGAGUCGUCUUCUCCGAGAAAUGGGUCUCAGCGGCGACCCAUCUCUCUCCCGGGCUAAUACGGCGUCGCAAUUGGAUCACACGGAAAAGGGUGUCGGGGAUUUCGGUCGAUCGGCGUCGUCGGACUACUUGAGUCGUCAACAACAGCCGCCGCCGCCCCCUGCCAUCAUCCGCUCGAAAUCGGAUGGUUCGGCAGAUUGCAGCAGGAACAAGAGCUCUUCACAGGCUUCCGGCAGUGAUAUUGGUGAUAAUCAGUGUAAUUAUUCGUCGUCCAUUAAUUCUCCUUCAAUUCUUUCAUUUCAUUCGGUCAAUGAGACCUCCACUUCAUUUGAAAAUAACCGUAAUCAUGUAGUUGUUAAGUCGCGAAGCUGCAAGAGCGAGGGCGCUCCAUCGGUUGCUUAUACUGUUUCACAGCAUAAGCCGCCUUCUGGGAAAAACUGUAGAUUUGCGGAUGAGAUUCGAAGCGAUUCCUUGGUUUUGAAUGCCAAUUCUGAUCCUAAUCCAUCGUCAAUGUAUCAGAAUGCCGACAGUAGACGAGUGCUUAGAGAGGACUCGGCAUGUUCUACUAGUGGCAAGGUCAAUGAGAAAGCCUGCACUAUCAAAGAUCUUGACAAUGGGAAAGAGUUCGUUGUGAACGAGAUUAGUGCAGAUGGUAUGUGGAACAAGCUCAAGGAAGUGGGCACUGGGAGGCAGUUGACCAUGGAGGAGUUUGAGAUGUGUGUUGGGCAUUCACCCAUUGUUCAAGAACUGAUGCGGCGGCAGAAUGUGGAGGACGGUUGCAACGAGAACAUCAAUUUAAAUGUGAAUGGGGUUAUCGGUAGCAGUUCGAAAAUGAAAAAGAAAGGAGGUUGGUUUAAGAGUAUAAAGAGCACGGUGAAGGGCCAAAAGGAGAGACGGAGCAGUGAUGAGAGGGAUACUUCAUCUGAGAAGGGUGGACGGAGGUCAAGCUCUGCAACAGAUGAUAGCCAAGAUGUUUCCUUUCAUGGACCAGAGAGAGUAAGAGUUAGGCAGUAUGGAAAAUCAACUAAAGAAUUUUCUGCACUCUACAAGAGCCAAGAGAUACAGGCCCACAGUGGGUCAAUAUGGACAAUUAAGUUUAGUUUGGAUGGAAAGUACCUUGCAAGCGCUGGAGAGGAUCGUGUAAUUCACGUUUGGCAGGUAGUUGAGUCGGAGAGAAAGGGGGAUCUACUGAUGGAGAAACCAGAAGAAGGGAAUUUGAGUUUCUUAUUUGCAGCUAAUGAGUCGCCAGAGCCCACUUCAUUAUCUCCAAAUGUGGAUAGCCAUCAUGAGAAGAAGAGAAGAGGGAGAUCUUCUCUAAGCCGGAAAUCAGUCAGCUUGGAACAUAUCAUGGUGCCGGAGACUGUAUUUGGGCUUUCAGAAAAACCAAUCUGUUCAUUCCAGGGGCAUCUUAAUGAUGUGCUUGACCUUUCUUGGUCCAAAUCACAGCAUUUGCUCUCAUCUUCAAUGGACAAAACUGUGCGGCUCUGGCAGUUGUCAAGCAAAUCCUGUUUGCAUAUCUUUUCGCACAGUGAUUUUGUAACUUGCAUCCAGUUUAAUCCUAUUGAUGAUAGAUACUUCAUUAGUGGAUCGUUAGAUGCUAAAGUUCGUAUAUGGAGUAUCCCAGAUCGUCAGGUUGUUGAUUGGAGUGACUUGCACGAGAUGGUGACCGCCGCUUGCUAUACGCCCGAUGGCAAGGGUGCAUUGGUUGGUUCUUACAAGGGAAGCUGCCGAUUGUACAGUACCUCUGAGAACAAGAUGCAGCAAAAAAGUGAGAUAAAUCUGCAGAACAAGAAGAAAAAGUCCAGUCAUAAGAAAAUCACUGGGUUCCAGUUUGCUCCAGGAAGUUCUUCAGAAGUGCUCAUUACCUCUGCAGAUUCACGCAUCCGAGUGGUCGAUGGUGUUGAUCUGGUACAGAGGUUCAAAGGGUUCCGAAAUACGAACAGCCAAAUCUCGGCCUGCCUUUCGGCGAAUGGCAGGUACGUGAUAUCGGCCAGCGAGGAUUCUCAUGUGUGCAUAUGGAAGCAUGAAGCUGAUGCUCGGCCUAGUAGGAGCAAGGGUGUGACAGUCGUUCGAUCGUACGAGCAUUUCCACUGUCAAGAUGUCUCCGUGGCCAUACCGUGGCCCGGUAUGGGCGAUUCUUGGGGACUUCAUGACGAUUAUUGCGGAGACAACAAUGCGAUCGAAAAUCACCUCGACGAAGUCUACUCUGCUAACCAUCCCCCUACACCCGUGGAGGCAGCAAACGGCAGUGAGGAUUCCCUAUCGGCAUCUGGUUGCACGAACAGCCCUCUUCACGGAACUCUUUCGAGUGCAACCAACAGCUACUUCUUUGACAGAAUCUCAGCAACAUGGCCGGAGGAAAAGCUUGUUCUGAAUCCUCGGAACAACCGUAGCCCUCAUUCCAGUGUGGACAUUGCCAGCGGAAUGUUUCAAGGCUCUUCGGCAUGGGGUAUGGUGAUCGUAACUGCCGGGCUCCGAGGCGAGAUCAGGACUUUCCAGAAUUUUGGAUUGCCAGUUAAGAUUUAAAGAGAGGUUGUGAAAAUGAAACUGGAAGCCUCUUAGAACCAAAACCCAAAUGGGAAGGGAGUAGAAAACUACUCCAAUGCCAUUACCAUUGCCAUUGCCAUUGCCAUUCAUGCCCCUCCCCACUGAUUGGAAAAUAUGUACAGAGACAGAGAGAUGAUGGGGUGACAUUUGUAAUGUUAGCAGAAUUAAGUGUCUAGUUACCCUGUGCUCACGCUCCUCGGGCGGAGCAGAGAUCGAGAGCCAGUCGAGUGGAGUGGCGGGAAAGAGUAUAGAUUUGUGAAGAGAAAAACUGAAAAAGGGGAAGAAAAAGAAAAAGAAGAAAGAAAAGAAAAGAAAAUUUACACUAUGAAUUUAGCAACAGAUGAUGUGAUUUCUGUAAUCGGGAAUUGUAGAGUUUUGAGCACUGCAAAAGCCUUAUUGAAUUGAAAAGGAGAAGGAAAAAAGAAAAAAAAAGAGGAUUUUUUUUUUUAUCAGGAAUGUUGUUUGGAUUGGUUUUGAGGAUUAUUUUCUCUUAACAAAAAUACACAAGGCCAAGGGUAGUCUGGUAAAUUGAAUUGAACUUUCCA